CCGACCAAGACUGCCAUACGGUUGGAGCUCCAACUACCUACCGUGUGAAUGGCAUUUUACAAAAAUUUGAACGCAGCCAAUAUUUGCCAAGUGGCACUCCUGUUCCUGUCGAGAAAUUCUGACUUACGUCAGUGUGGGUGUUUCGUUCGGCGGCCAUUAUUCUACGCUCUACGUAUAAUUAUUACUUUUUUUUUGCUGUUUAGUGCUUUACGAAACAAAGAAUUUCAUUAUUUUCGGAUUAUUCCCGUAAAUAAAUAGUUUUGGAUCUAAUAAAUUUAUAGUACAAAAUGAAUCCAGAGUAUGACUAUUUGUUUAAACUACUGCUGAUUGGUGAUUCUGGUGUGGGCAAGUCUUGUUUAUUGCUCAGAUUUGCAGAUGACACUUACACAGAAAGUUACAUCAGUACUAUUGGUGUUGACUUCAAAAUUAGGACUGUAGAAUUAGAUGGCAAGACAAUAAAGUUACAGAUUUGGGACACAGCGGGCCAAGAAAGGUUUAGAACCAUCACAUCCUCAUACUACAGGGGGGCACAUGGAAUUAUUAUUGUUUAUGAUUGCACAGAUCAGGACUCCUUCAGCAACGUAAAGCAAUGGCUCGAGGAGAUUGAUCGCUAUGCAUGUGACAAUGUCAACAAGCUGCUGGUCGGCAACAAAUGCGACCUGACAACCAAGAAGGUUGUAGACUACACCACAGCCAAUCAAUAUGCCGAACAACUUGGUAUUCCAUUCCUGGAGACGUCGGCGAAAAACUCGACGAAUGUGGAACAGGCAUUCAUGACGAUGGCAGCAGAGAUUAAGGCACGCGUGGGUCCACCCACAGGCGGUGCCGCGCCCGCUGGCGCCUCCGUAAAGAUCGACCAGGGCCGCCCUAUCGACACUGGCAAAUCCUCCUGCUGCUGAACAAGUCGUCGAUGGUGAGUUUACUGUGAAUACAUGUGGUGUGAAAAUAAACAUACUGCAAAAAAUACUAGUGUCAUGAUAAAGUUAA